AUGGACCACAAGCAGACCGUCGCAGAUCCGCCAAAGACCACAAGCAUGGUCUCGUCGAACAUCCCCGCAAAACGGCGUGCUUCAUCUUCUUUCGCGCAGCCUCAAGCUUCGACCAGCACAGCUAGAGCUGUCGCUUCGACGUCCAAAGUAACCAACGCACUGCCUCACGCAAACAAGCCCCUCAAGAAGAAGGUUGCCUCCUCCAACGACGACACUGUCGCCGCACGUCUCCAGCCCAAACUCUCGCAAACCUCAUGGCGCAGAACAAAGUCGUACCAGCAUGCAGAUCUAAGUGGUCCAACUCGCCGUACGGUGCUCGAAUGGCUGCCUCGCGAGGUCGUCUUCAUGGUCCUCCAUCUACUCUCCUUCCGCGACAUCCAGAGCCUCCUCCGAGCCGACAAGCGCAUCCGACCGCUCAUCCACGCGAAAACCUUCUGUCCUUGGCGAAAGCUUUUGGCGUCCUUCUUACAUCAUCAGCGUCUCUACGACGAGAUCAUCGCCCUCGAGGAGGAGUCUCUGUUCGACGGGUCCGACCAUGACAGCAAUCCUGACGAAGAGAGACAAGAUGUGCACCAGAGCGACGCCACGAUCGCAGCCCGACAGCCUGCCGCCAAUGGCAGCACCAGCGGCGUCCAGGUCGGCACCGCAGCAGCGGCGAACCAAGCACAGAUCGAGCAGGACUUCGUGCAAGCGUACGUAGACCUGAUCGGCAUACUGCAGCUCAAGACUGCUCCCCUCGACCUACUCGACCUGGUCCCAUGUCUCACGAGGCUCUGGCACGAGCACACAUGCUUCCCGGUGAUUCGCAAGUGGUGUCGCGACUUUGUCGUCGGACGUGUCGCAGCAGACCACCUCUUCGCUGCCGUCGAUCACGUCGUCGCAACAGAGGUUCUCUGCAGCGUCCGUCUUUACCUCGCUGUUGUCCGUGUGUCCCGUGCCUUCUCCCAGAAUCUGCCCUCGCUUCAAUCCGUCCGCGUCCUGGACUACGAUUGCCGCACCGCCGUCACCAACUUCUUCCAGCCGGAUCGUAUCUCACCCGCACCCGGCACCAACCUCACGUUUCAGCUCACACACGAACAGGAUCGAUUCGUGCGACGAGACGUGCGCCCUGGCGAACUCGUCAAAGUACAAGCAUUCGCAGGCACGGGUAAAACCAGGUCGCUGCUCGCAUAUGCCGAGCGACGGCCGCAUAGGCGAUUCCUGUACAUCGCCUUCAACAAGGCUGCCGCCGAGGAAGCGCGUCGUCGCUUUCCAGAGCACGUCCAAUGCCGCACGAUGCACUCGGUCGCGCUCUGUCAGGUCGUGCGCACGGCUGGUCAGGACAUCGGCGACCUCCGAGCACGCGACGUGGUGCGGCUGCUCGGCGAAUCGCUUCCCGAGGGUCAGCUGUUGCGUGCUCAAGCCAUGACGACACAGGGUGGGCGUGAUCAUCGCCUGACACCCACCGCUGUCGCUACCUACGUGCUCGCCACCCUCCAGCGCUUCUUCUAUUCGGACGAUGCCAUCAUCAUUCCGGAUCGUCACGUACCCAACAAAGUCGCCACCGACACCGAUCUCAAGAUUCGAGCCGUUGCGAGAUGCGCACAGGAGCUGUGGGACUCGAUCCGUCAAGGCUCUCCUGACCGCAGCGGUAAGUCGGUCAAGUGCCCGCACGACGCAUACGUCAAGCUGCUCCAGCUGCAAGCGCCCCACCAUUCAGAGAACUUCUUCAAGGCUUUCGACGUGCUCUUGCUCGACGAAGCUCAGGACUUGUCGGCGGCGCAGGUCUCGAUCCUGCUCCGUGCCAAGAAGCACUGCGGCAUCCUCAUCGUCGGCGACGUUUUUCAGAAAAUUUACGGGUUUCGCGGCGGCACUGCCAAGGCUUUCGACGAGCGCCUCUAUCCAUCGGCUGCCCACUUUCAGCUUACCAAGAGUUUCCGCUUCGGAGAUGCCGUGGCCAACAUCGCCACCGAGAUGCUCGGUCUUCGUAAGCCUGCUCCGUGGGAAAGGGCAGCACCAAAGCCGGUCCUCACCGGCGCGCUGGGCAUGGCUGACCGCGUCUUCGCCGAUGCCAGCGUGUUUCGCCGCCAGCUGGAGCCAUCGACGCCUUCAACAGAGCCCACAGACCCGACUCAGCAGCAAGACGGCGAUCGAAACGGAGCAGGAGACGAGGCUCAGCCGACCCAACUAGUUACAUCGACGAAUGACGUUGCAGCCGCAUUAGCCGACGUGCUUCCGGACCAGAUGGGAGAGGGCCGACAGGCUGUGGCCCUGCAAGUGGGCUCUGUUGGAAGGAUCGGCCGAAGCGACGAGCUGAUCCGCCACACACGCAUCUUUCGGUCCAACAGAAAGCUCUGUCUUACGGCUCUGGCUUUGUCGGCUUCGCUUCCGCAGCCUCACAAGAUCUUUCUCAAAACGAGUCAGGCCCUGCAACCGGAUGCGAUCGUAACGCUGCUACGCGACGCCCACAUCCUCUAUCACAAUGACUCGAGAUCCAUGUCGCGGAACUCGCUGCUGCGCGACUUUGCCAGCUGGAAAGAUCUGGUGCAGCGUGUCGAAGCAGAAGGCUCGGGCGAGAGCAAGCUGAGUCUGGCCGUAGCCCUCGGCGGCCUGUUGGCGAGUUCCGACUUUCUCGAGCAGGUCGACCAGCUCGAAACGCGUUUUGCAGACACCGAGGAGGCUGCCACGGUGAUUCUGACAACAGUGCACCAAGCAAAGGGUCUCGAGUGGGACUGUGUUUGCGUCGAGGACGAUUUUAGGCCCGUAUUUGGAGCUGACAAAUCGCAGAGGGUCGAGGUCGCGAGCUACUGGCAUCAGGACGAGCUGAAUCAUCUGUACGUUGCCUUGACGCGAGCGAAACGCAAACUCGUCGUGUCGAAGGUGGUGCUGCAAUGGAUUGCCGCGAUGCGUGGUCUGUAUCGGUACAGGCUACUGACGAGCAACAGCAAUACAGAUUUCGUCAAGACCGGACUUUGCCCUCACUGCAAAGCGUCCAAGCAUUCACUGGUGGUCAAAGAAUAUCGAUUGGCCUGUUUCGACUUUUUGGAUCCUCGAUGCAACGAUUCACACAGCGAGAUGACGAGCACGUCGGCAGCUAAGGCGACCGCUUCCUCGGCCAUGCCGAAAGAUCCGUCGCCGCUCACACAAAUCAUCGGAUGUAUCGGCUGCCUUGCGGAUCCUCAAUCCGCUGUUCACGCGGAUUCACUCGCAGACCCGGACCUGGCACUGUUCGUUGCUACAGCACCCAAGAUCACGCGUCAACGACCUCACGCACCCAAACAGGAGAACGACACCACAGCAAAUGAGAAGCCAAAAGCAGCGCCAAUCGCGCCGUCGGCAACCUUCAAGCUGGAUCAUCCGAAACAUCCAUUCUUGAAAGCAGAUCACAGGUCCAUGAAAUGGGCUAUCAUGCAUCACGAGUACAAGCGCGCGGUCUAUAGCUGGUUCGACGACAUGUGA